GACAAUUUUGCAACCGCGCCGCUCUGCGCCAGUUCCACGGAGAGUUAGUUUCCCUGCUCGUUUUCACUUUGGGAACUUGUACUUAUUUAUUUCCCACUCCUUUCUGGUGGUCGUCCUCAUCGCCGAGCAAUGAGGGUCUCUGCCCCGCUCGGCGUGCCUUUCCUGCUGCUGUGCGUCUCUCUGGUGUCCUGCCGCUGCCCUCCCACUUGCCGCUGCCCCCCAGGCCCGCCUCGCUGUCCCCCUGGAGUCAGCCUAGUGCUGGAUGACUGCGGCUGCUGCCAAGUCUGUGCCCGGCAGCUCAAUGAGGAUUGUGACAGGCUCUCGCCAUGCGAUCCUCACAAGGGCCUGGAGUGCAAUUUUGGGGCUGACCCCUUGGCUAAUCGGGGCAUCUGUUGGGCAAAGCAGGAAGGCCGGACCUGCGAAUAUAACGGCCGUAUCUACCAGAACGGGGAGAAUUUCCAGCCCAGCUGUAAACACCAGUGCACUUGUAUUGAUGGGGCUGUGGGUUGCCAGCCACUCUGCCCACUAGAGCUGCCUCUGGCCUCCCUGGGCUGCCCCAGCCCUCGACUCCUGAAGGUGCCUGGCCAAUGCUGUAAGAAGUUUGUGUGCAGCAAAGGGCCCAAAAAGUACGGAGGGGUCACCUUUGAGUACAACACAAAAGGAGAAGUCAAUGGUAAUGAGCUCAUCUACGUGGGCAAAGGCGGACACUGGAAGAACCUGCCAGCAUGGGGGCCGCUUAUCAAAGGUCAAGUCACUAAACAGCUGCACAAAUGCUUGGCUCAGACCUCCAGCUGGUCACCAUGCUCCAAGACCUGUGGCUUUGGCAUCUCUGUUCGUGUCACCAGCGACAAUCCCCAAUGCAAACUGGUUAAAGAGACUCGACUCUGCCAGAUCAGGCCCUGUGGGCAGCCUGAUUUCACCAAGCUAAAGAAGGGUAAGAAGUGCCUGCGGACACACAAAGUGCGGGAACCAGUGAGGUUCACCUAUGCAGGGUGCAAGAGCCCACGUCGUUACCAGCCUAGUUUCUGUGGGACCUGCCUGGAUGGGCGCUGCUGUGUGCCCUUGCGCACUCGUACACUGAGUGUGCCCUUCCAUUGCCCCGACGGCAGCUCCUUUGCCAAGAACAUCAUGAUGAUCCACAGUUGCCAGUGUGGCCCAGCUCAUUGUCCACUGCUCAACGAAGCUGUUAUGGGCCCCCAGUACCAGCUCAAUGGGGACAUUCACAAGUUCUUAGAGUAAGGAAGCUAUCUGCUGCUGUUGCUGCUUCUGCUGCUGCCCCUGGAGCUGAGUAGAUCUUUUGAAUGACUUUGAGACAUUCCUAAAGCCCCUCUGCUUGAUCAUUUUGGGGAACAGGAUGUUCUCUUACCUACCCUGCUCCCAUGAAUAACAAGACAACAAUGAUUCUGAAGGCAACAUGGAUUUUCAAGGUGUACCAAUUUCUCCAUGUCUUGGGCAGAGAAAUUGCAUUGUGUCCUGUUUAGAGCUAGGACACCUGGCCAUUUUGCAGAACGGAUGUCACAGCACUGGGCUCCAUCUCUCUACUCAAUCCAUCCAGGCUCAGGCUGGACCUGGGCCUCAGACAAUUGAGGAAGGACAGAGAAAAAACUCUUCCUCACCAUCCCACCCCAUGAGAGUUUCCAAUUGUGUUUUUUUUUUUUUGCUACAGAGCUAGAAGUAAGCAGAAAGCAUGCCCCUACCCUCCCUGCAUUACAGCAUCUCUGGCUCAGGUUGCCAAAUUCCAAAAUGGAUCAUGUUAACAUCCUUUUCUAGAUUUUUUUUUGAAAGAGCAAAGAACAAUAGUUCCAUUUUGACUAGCAUCUAGAAAUAUGGCCCCAUGAGUUGGAACUCAUGGUUUUGGUUUUGUACUCUUAAUUUUCAGAGAAAGCGGAGAAACAAAGGUUGUCCAGGACCUGUUAAGCCUUUACCUGCUUACUGCCUGCCUCUUUGAUGCUCUUUCUCCCCCUCCUUGCUCCACAGUUUGAAAAUUUGCUUCCUUCCUAGGUGUUUCUCUCUUUAAACUAAAAGGUUAUGUUACUUCCUGCUCAAAGCCCAGCACACCCUAGUACUGAGAUGUUGGCUGGAAAAAGCCAUUCACAAUAAUCUUGCAGGAAAAGAAACACGUAUUUAAAAGAAAAAAACGUGGGUGUUCAUGAUACACACUUGACUUUUUCCUCUAGUUUUAUGCUUCAGCAGUUCCUAACUCUAUCCUACUUGGAGUUGGAAAUCUAUCUUUUUAGUCUAGCAGGGCUUUGAUAGAUGGAUAUAUUCAAAUACUGAAGGGCAGACUUGGAGUAUGUUCAAAAGAGGAACAAUCAUUACUCCUGGACAUGUACUUCGUACUGGUAAGCAGGUUGCAAAGGUUUUCUGUACUACCUCAAAACCUGCAAAAUCUGUUUGUCCAGUGGUGAUCGUAGCACAGAGAAAUAUAUAUACACACACACACACACACACACACGUAAGAACUUUUCAGGAGUAAAGCCAUUCGCAAAUUCUCAUCACCUGACUUUAGUCUAACACAUGUUGGUUCAGGUUUGCAAAAGGCAGUCACUGUCUGGGCAAGAUACUUCUUCCUUUAUAGCAUAUUUGUCACACAUUUUUCCACAAUUUUGAAAGCACUUUUAAAUAUUUCUUCUGUUCCCUUUAUAUUCCUGGAAGGCAGCAAAAGAAAUGGUGAGAAGAAAAGGGUGCAAUGUUGAAAAGAGAUUUGAAGCUGUUUAGUCAUUCUUGUACAGUUGGGGCAUGUCUAUAUUUAUGGGUGAAAAGUAGUUUUUGGUACAAAGGAGAUUUUAUUUUAUGUACUUUUUGCAUAAAGGAAAGCUUCAACACUG